UCUUCCUCGAAGCAACAGUUACAUCCAUACACAAUUAAAACUCGCGCCCAGAUUCACUGCUUUAAAGGUUCGGGUAAUCGGGUCUGGAGCUUUUCUCUUCACCAUAGCCCCUGCCCCCUUAAUCUAUUUUCUCCCCUCUGCCUCUCCAAAAGCCCCAAAUUUCCCAGCAAAACAAAAAGCACACGCACAACACACACUUAAACAGUUAAAUUUCACUCAAUUCAAAUUCUUCUUUCCCGUUUUGCUAGUUGUCUUUCCCCUGCUCUCGCAAAUCUCUGCAUUUAGAAAACGAAUUAGGGUUUUUUUUGAAAAACGGAUUCUUAAUCGGAAUUGAUGAAUGCUGUAUCCCAGUGGUGAGAGAGUGAUGGUGGCGGUAGUGGUGGAUUGCAAGUGAAGCGAAGUGAGUUUAUUUUGAUAUUGGAAAUGAGAGCAGAACAGGGCUGAGUUGAUAUGAGUAGAUUGUCAUUUAGGCCGCGUCCGCUUGACAUUCACAAGAAACUUCCCAUUGUAAAAUCUGUAAAGGAUUUUGAGGAUGAUGAUACACCUACAACUACUCGUAACUCUCAGAUACUCCGCUUUGCUGCUGAGGCUGACAUUGAGGUACCACAAGUUUCUAGCAAGAAAUCUGCUGCUGAAAUACCUACACCACAAUUCGUGGUUGUUGACACAUAUGAAAGAGACUACUCCCGCACUUUUGGUCAACCAACGUCGUAUCUACGUGCAAGAGGAGCUCGAGCUGAGAUCGGGGAGUUUAUCGAAUAUGAUCUCGAUAACGAGGAUGAGGAUUGGCUACAAGAGUUCAACAGAGAAAGAAAGAUCCUACCGGCUGAAAAGUUUGAGACCAUUCUUUUUAAGUUAGAGGUUUUGGACCAUAAGGCUCGGGAAAGAGCAGGAAUUAUUACUCCCACACUUGGCCCACCAGUUCCUGUGCUUCUGACUUUUGAUGCUGCUGUUGAGGCUUUACAAUCCCUGUCAAUCAAGUACGGAGUUUUCCAGUCUAUUUACAAUUACUGGAAAGAAAAGCGGGAAAGAUGGCAAAAGCCUGUUCUACGGCGUUUGCAGGUCAGUCGCAUUUUUGUUCCAUUGAGGAGUUGA